CCGCGCCUUCCCCGGGCAUCGGUGUCCAGCCUCGGGCCGCUCCUUCGGGCCGCCUUGCGCGUCCCCCCGGGCAGCCAUGCCGGCCUGCGCGGGGCGCCUCUCCCUGGCGCCGCCGCUGCUGCUGCUGCUGGCGCUGCGCUUGUGCCUGGGCUCCGGCCCGCCGCCCGCCUUCGACCUGCUCUACGCCGACGGCGUGCGCGCCUACUUCGCGCGGGAGUGGCCGCGGGCGGCCGAGCUGCUGCAGCGCUCCGUGCACGGCUACGCGCGCCUGCGGGACGGGCGCCGCGAGUGCCAGCGCGCCUGCCGGGCCGAGGCGGGCUGGGCGGCCGCGGCGCCGCGCGGGGAGGCCGCCUUCUUCGGGCGGCUGCUGCAGCGGGCCGAGUGCCUGGAGGAGUGCCUGCGCCGCCGCCUGGACGGGCAGCCCUCGCGGCACCGCGCCAGCGCCGACGUGCGCCGCGACUUCGAGCAGCGGCAGCCCUACAACUACCUGCAGGUGGCCUUCUUCCAGCUUAAGAGACUGGAUGAAGCUGUUUCUUCUGCGCACACUUUCUUCGUGGCCAAUCCACAGCACUUACAGAUGCGUGAGGAUAUGGAAAAAUACCAGCGCAUGGCAGGGGUGAAAGCAGAGAGCUUUCGGGAUCUUGAGGCUGUGCCACAUUGGGUGGCGUAUGAAGCUGGGGUGCACCAUUAUAGUGGGGACGAGUACCCGCAAGCGGUGGCAAAGCUGGAGGAGUCACUUAGCAAAGGGCUGCAGGCGCUGGAGGAUUGCCGAGCCCUUUGUGAAGGCCUCCAGGAGGAGGAAGAGGAGGAGGAGAUGCAGCCUGGUCUCUAUGAAGCUAUUGCAGCCCGCUACGUCCAGGUCUUGAAGUGCCGGCAGAAGUGCGUCCUUGACAUUGCUACCAAGCCGGGGAGGGUUUCUUCGGUGGAAGAUUUUAUCCCGUCUCAUUUUGAUCUGCUGCAGUUUGCUUACGACCAAGUUGGGAACCAGGCCCUUGCUGCCGAGUGCACUGCCACCUAUUUGCUCUUCUACCCAUCAGACGAGAGGAUGCUAGAGAAGAUGAAGCGGUAUCAGGCGGUGCUGGGGGCAGAAGCGCCUGUUGCUGCCAGAGAGGUAAUCCGCAGCUACGUGCAGAGGUCUCUCAUGGAGAAGAAACUGAUCUACUAUGCUGUGGAGCAUCUUGGGGAAACCUUUGACGAUCCUGAGCCAUGGACUCCAGAGGAGUUGAUCCCUGAGAGCAUGAGGGAAAAACACCGAGAAGACCGAGUGAAGCAGAGAAGAGAGGCCCCAGAUGUGAGGCAGCAGCAGCAGCAGCAGCAAAGAGGCCCGCUGCCCUUUGAGGGCGUGGCCAUCACCCUGGAUGCCUCGCAGCUCAAUGGCUCUCAGAGGGUCGUCUUGGACAGAGUCCUGACUGAAUCGGAAUGCAAAGACCUCCUCCGCCUGGCCAAGGCCGCCGGAGGAUCUGGAGGGGGGUAUCGUGGCCGACGUUCGCCUCACACUCCCCAUGAGAGAUUUGAAGGACUCACAGUGCUCAAGGCCUUGCAGCUAGCCAAGGAGAGUGCUGUGGACUGGAGAGAUGCUAAACUGCUCUUGCAAGCCAGUGAGAAAUCGCGGAAAAUUGUCGAAUCCUAUUUCACCCCUGAGAAAAGUCUCUACUUUUCGUUCACGCACCUUGUCUGUCGCACAGCUGCCGAGGGGGAACAGGAAGGUCGCAUGGACCUCAGUCACCCCGUCCACGCAGACAACUGUCUCUUGGACCCAGAAGGAAACACGUGUUGGAAGGAGCCCCCUGCUUACAUCUACAGAGAUUACAGCGCAAUCCUGUACCUGAAUGAUGACUUCCAAGGAGGAAACCUCUUCUUCACUGAGACGGACGCUGUGACCCUCACUGCCCAGGUACGGCCGAAAUGUGGGAGGCUGGUAGCCUUCAGCUCCGGUGGAGAAAACCCCCAUGGCGUGUGGGCUGUGACCCACGGGAGACGCUGUGCCAUCGCCCUCUGGUACACCCUCUCUCUGGAGCAUUCGGAACAGGAACGGGCUCAGGCAGAAGAGCUGGUGAAACAGGAAGAGGCAGAACAGGAAGAGUCACAUUUGAACAACAAGGAAAAUACAGAAGUUGGCCACAGCCCCGAGCCUCCUGCUCCUAAGGGAAGGGCCAGAUCCACCAGCCAGAGGAGCAAACAGCACUCGGAGUCCAGGGUCCAGUCCAAAGGGCUGCAGAGCAGAGAUGAACUCUGAGCCAAGCAGAGAUGCAACUCUUGUGUUGAUCUCUAGACCAGCCUUUGUGCAAUGGGCCAAGGAAGUCUGCCUGGCUUCGUUAUGACAUCACAGCGAAGAAGAUGGCCGUCUUCUCCUGACAGUCCUUUUGUCCCACCCAGAGGGCUGAACUUGUGCGCCUGUGUUUCAGGGGGGCCAUGAGAGCAGCGAGCCACAAACUCCAUAAGCAUCUCAUCCCCUUGUCAGUAAUGUGAGGAUAGUAAUACUGAUCUGACUUACAGGAUUGUUGUGAGGGCAGCUGAGAUCAUGUAUGAGAAGUGCUACAGACACUUGAAAGUGCUAUAUAAAUCUUGGGAAUUGUGA